AUGAACUGGGCUGUUGCUUCCAGUAGGCUGCUUUAUAAGAGCAUUAGAAUUACUGACCAUGAAUUGCGGUUUAUCAAACCCCAAACACCACAUUCUCCAAGCUCACAGCUUCAGGAAAAAGAAGAAGAGUUGAAAUACCUUCAGUUUCUUCAAGAAGUUACAAAUGAUAUUUUGAUUAGAAGUUGUUAUCACAAGGAGGCAUUGGAUGUUUUAUUACGAAUGCACAUUAGAAGUAGAAGACAUGACCUUGAUGAGGUAAAAAUGAGAAAACUAUUUCAAGACCUGAAGGAAGAGCUGAACAGCAGCACUAACCAACCGGACCCUUCCAUCAGCUACAAUGGAAUAAUCGCCCAAUGA